UUUGUGUGCAGGGCCGUUCUAUCUCUAAGGUCUUGGUGCUGAGAUUCAGCUCAGCUGCUGCUGCACAAAGUGUCUUUGGCAAAAUAGGCGUGACAGCUUUGUGCUGCUGUGAGCUGGGUUAGAGUGCACGCAGGUGCGGCUUCCCAGGCAGCUUCGCCUUGGUUUUCACAGUUCCUGCUACCAAAGCGCCGUGCAGGAAGCUCCCCAGCCUGCUUCUCGCACAGGUUUGACCCCCGCUGUGCCUGAACGGCACUCACCCAAACCUGGAGGACAAUUCUUCCCCGUCCUGCACAGCCCUGUGACACGUCAAUGAAUUGCUAACGAGGGCAGAGCUGGCCUUGCAGCUCCGUGUGAAGGGAGGAAGUGCCGCAGAUAGCGGCGUGGGUGGGGUGCGAUGCUGCCGCCGCACCUCCUGGCGGGUGUGAGCUGUUAUCUGCCGUCAGCUCUGCUGUAAUUACAGCUGUGAGCGAGGUGCGAGUGUCUGGUCUUCAUUAAAAUGAGAUACGGCUUCUAAAACAAUGCGCUUUCAUCGGUUUGAGUUCUCCCUGCUGGCCAGUCAGCAGCCCUGCGGUGCAGAGGUGGGCAUUUCGGCCGUGCGUUGGGGUGGCAGCUGAGGAGGCCGUGGGCAGACAGGGUUGCCCCUCUGUGCUCCACGUGGUGCGAAAGUGAAAUCAUUGGCUUUUAUUUUACAAGUAGCCGUUUUUGGCUCUGCCCGGUCCGUAGAGCUGCAAGGAGCAGAGGAGGUGAACUUUCAGCUGCGUAUCAGCAACAGCAGCGCCGUGGUUAAAUCCCGCUGUAGUUAUUUGUUGGCUCUGUUGAGGGCAGCCUUGAGCUGAUAAUAGCUUUGCUGGCAGCGAUGAUGCAGUUUAAUUACGGGAUUGUAGAGAGUGCAUUGCUCUUCUCGGGACGUGUACAUUUAGUGUGGAAUCAACGCUUGAAAUUUGCCUCUGGUCCUCUCUCAAAGCUGUGGUUCUCUUCGAGCUCUGCAAAAAUCUGGACCUAUCUGCAAUAAUUGGUGGGGGAGGGUUUCUUGUGAUGCAGGAAUCUGAACUAAUCCUCACUGAAGGGACGUGUGUGCUUUUAAUGUUUGGUUUGUGAUACGCCUGUGCUCCUUGGUGUUGUGACCUUCCUUAAGGGCUACCUGUCCUUUUGGGAACUGCCAGACAGGAUCGUUGUCAGCCUGGGAUUCAUCCUGCCACUGUAAGAGACCUCAGACACUUAUUCUUAAAUGCAAAUUAGCAAUGGCUGUGGUCACUGCGGAAAAGCAAGAAGCAAUAAACUGAAUUUUGGGUGAAACUGUUGGAAGUGAGAGAAAGCUGUCAGGAAGGCUGAAGUGCUGGUGAUGUGCGUUUGGAGGUGAUGGGGCAUUUUUGAAGGUAACAGUGGAUGAGCAUUGGCUGGAUGAAGGAGCAUGUGUGGUGUGCCCAGCCCUGCCUGGCUGUGCUGGGUUGCUGUGCAGGGUCUCUCCAAGUCCCCUGAGGCCCUGUGUCCCUACGACCCCAGUCACCAUACUGAUCCUGGCACUGAUCCUGGCACUGGUUCCCAUUGGAUGGAAUUAGCACAGACAAGCCAAAUGCACUGAGCUUAAGCUCAGAAAUGCAAAUGUAGCCUUAAAAUAGGUUUGAAUAAAGAUUUUAGCUUCAGGGCUUUUCCCUGUGGUCAGGCUGUUUGGAAGCAUAUUGCAGUCUGGCUUUGAGUGGCUCCUUUUGGGGAAAUGUCUGUUAGUUACCUCUCCAAACAAGUGUUUUAACUUCGUCAGCUGUUUCUCACCCAUCAGAACACUGAAUUGUUUUUAUGAAGCCAAAAAGACAAACUUAGAAAGGUUUUAUGAACGUCCCAUUGGAACCUUUUGCCAGUCAUGGUGUGUGAAUGUUUCCUGUUCUUUAAAUCGUGUCUGCCUUGCAGCUAGCACGCUCUGCUGGAAGGCCCUGGAAGAGGAACCGUGGGAUAGAGGUUGCUUUGGAUCGCUACAAAAACAGCAAGCUCCCAGCUUCGGGUGGAUGCUGCUCUGCUGUCUUCUCCUUCCUGCUGUAAAGAAUGACUUCCACUCAACUGCAGCUCUGAAUUGAGCUGUAUGCUUGGAAUUUGAUGUAAUCAAGGCUUACUCAACUAGAGAUGGUUGUCUCAAGCCAAGAGGGAAACCACAUCUGUCAUGAAAGUAAGCAGUAUAGUUCCUUAGAAGUCCAUAUUUUCUUCUAGCACUCAUUUUCUUCUUCAACUGUUGGAGAGUCAAUUUGACAGCUUCCUCAGCAUCAGCCUUUGGCCAUAGGAUCAUUCUUGACGAUGCUCAGCAGAGGCUUCCACCAUCCUGGCCUUUAAUUCCCGCUGAGCAGUUGCUGCUGCUUACGAUCUCGUAACUCUAUUGCCAGAGCUAUGUGAGCAGAAAGCUGCCCAGCUGUCAUUCAGGUUUCUGCAGUGUAGCACCUGCAUGGUGAAACCAAUAUGAGUUCCUAGCUGGCAUCUGAUGCUUUCUGCCUUGGAGCAUAAGGUGGGAAGCUCUGCACGUGACUCAGAGAGCCGUACAGAAGGGGUUGAUGGCUUCAUCUGACAGCACUGAGGAGGACAGAGCCUGGGCACCGUGACCUCACAGCAGUACUGACUGCAGGUGAACCUGUGCUGCUUUGCCUUGUUGGGGUGGGGCUGUGUUGGCUGGGCCUGGAAGAGUUUGGGCUUGGUGCAAACUGAGGACAGCCAAGCCAAGUCCUGGGGUUUUUCUGCUGCUACAAAAGAUGUAGGGAGCUGCAUCCCCCUGUAGAAACGACUGAAUGCCAAAUAAUGCCUGAGUAACAGUGCCUGAGUCUAUAGAAGCAUCUGUGUUCCUCUGGCUUGAGAGGCUUUGCUUUUUCUGUAUAAAUCGCUUUCUUGUGUCUUGGAAGUGGUCUAUCAAAAUUAAACCUCACCGAGCACAACUGUCCUAUUAAAAAUGAGAUACUGACGUAUUCUGAAUAACAGCUGAGUAGGGCUAUUUAGGAUUCUUAUAUACCAUCUGCAUUUGCUUAAAGCAAAUUCUGCUUUGCUUCCUGAUAGUACUAGAUAGAUAUAGAAUCAUAGAAUCGCGAGGUCGGAAAGGACCUGCAAGAUCAUCCAGUCCAACCAUCCUUCUUCUGUGACACGUGAAAUCUGGAGGGAAAAAACCAACAAAGAGCUGGCAGUGCUUCAGUGCACGGUGGGUGGUGGUACUGCUGUGCUCGAGUGUUCAGCCUUGCAGGCACCAAGUUUGGGAAUGGGGCUCUGAGCACCUGGUGGAGCUCCGGAUGCCCCUGCUCAGUGCAGGGAGUUGGACCAGAUGGCCUUUAAGGUCCAUUCUAACGCCAUCGAUUUUGAUUUAAGCCUUAUUGCUACCUGCAGCAUCUUGUUGUCAGCCACAGCCGCGAGAGGGAGCCUGGCUGCGAGCACAGCUCUGUAGGGAUAGAGAACAAAAGAUAAACGGAGAGACGCUGGUAUUUCAGCGUGGUCGCAGCGCGUCUUACGAAGUGUUCCCAGGAAGUUUUGUGUUUGCAGUUAAUUUCUCUAUCAGCCAUCUGGGGUUGCACUGUGACACUGGGAGACUUUUUGUGGGAGAUCAGGGGUUGUCGCUCCUCCAGGUGACUGUCAUUGUGUCACGGUGUCAUCGCUGUGCUGGCACCGCCCGGGGUGACGCUGCUCAGCGCUCCCUUACGCUCAGCACGGCACCUUCUGGGGAGAAGUGGGGCAAACUGGAGCGAGAAGUGUUGCUGCAGUGUCACCUUCUGGUGGCAAAGCACAGGUGGCUCAUAGCUGAUGAUCCUGCACCUAAAGCACAGAAUUAACAAUGCGACCACUUCUAUUUCCUGGCAAUGACUUCUGAGAGUAACAUCAAACUAUUUUGCUGUUGCUGAGCUAGCGAAGUUUGAUGGAAAUGCAAACACAUCAUUACUGUGCUCAAUCCAUAGGGUGGUUCUGGGUCAGAAGUUUCAGGAAGGGCAGAUCUUUUGGCUGAGUCGAUUGAGAUGUGCUCAAACCAAAAUGACUUGUGGCAUCAGUGAGAAAGAAUUGUCUUUGUUAAAGAGUUAAGGAGCUUCUCUUAGUCAGGGCCAGUUGUUGGUGCUUUUCAGCCCUGUCAGACGACUGUACUCUUCUCCCAACAACAAAUUGAUGAGGUGUUUGUGUAUAACAGCACUCACUGGCAGCUGCCUGCUGAGUUAGCCUGGAGAAAAGCCUUUCCUUUUGCUUCCUCUUUCUUCCCCUGCCCGCAUGGGUCCCCAGCUGCCACCAGCAGCAAUCCAGGAACUGGCAGUCCAGGAAUCCUUCCCUGGAGCUGGGAAGGUCCUUGCUGGCAGGAGGUGGCUGUGCUCGCACACGGAGUCAGCACAGCAGCAGGAGGGGGUUUGCCUGGACCUCCUGUCCCAGUAUUUCUCUGUCCUGCAGUUAUAGGGUCAUGGCUUAUGUGCCUGGGACACAACUCAGAGCUUUCAGAUGGUAUUGGGAUAAGGCCCAAGCUCUGCUCUGCAUCCCCAAGAAGGGCUCCACAGGGUUUGGUUCAGCACGAAGCAUUUUGGGGGCUCAGGUGAGCUCCCCCAGUGCUGCUGGCCGGCUGGUUGCUUGCAGUGAGGCAGAGCAAAGCACAGUGCUGCUCAGCCACUUUUGCAGCAGAACCCUUUCUCCUGACCCAGCUGUGUGAUUCCUGCCCUCGCUUCGCCUUCCCAUUUCUCACCAGUAUCUGUAAAACUCUGUGUUACUGGCCUCUGUGCCAGCCCCAUCAGCACGCAGCGUCGGUGCUCAGCCUUCUCCCAUAGCAAGAGACGCACAGUUCACAGGGGGAAGAAUCCUCCAGCACAGCGAUGCCGUUCAGCCCUCUCUCAGGCAUUCCGUGCCCUUGCUGCAGCCUCCCCUGCCCAUCUGUGCGUGCAGCCCUGCACCCAGCUGUGGGGAGGAUGCAGUGUGAGCGAGCAGAGGGGGCUCUCUGCCCUGCACGCCGCUCGCAGCAAUAGGGCUCUGCGCCCGCCUGGCUCCAGGAUGCUGCAUCUGAAGGUCCAGUUCCUGGAUGACUCCCAGAAGAUCUUUGUAGUGGACGUAAGUGUGUCUUAUAGAGUCUUAUAGAGAAAGAGGAAUGGCUUUUGCUUCUCUGGUGUUAUCCUUUGGAUACUGGGGAAGGUGAGGUGAUGCUCUGGGCGGGGGUGGGGUGCUCUUGUUUCUCUGGCUGCUGUGUUAGCAUCCAGCAAGCAAAAAUAAGUCUGAGAACAGCAUGAAAAUUGCAGCUUGAACCACACAACCUGUGGUGAGAAACGUCUGUGUGCAUCUCUCCUUAGGCAUCGGGAUGAAAAAGACAAGCAUGUGGUUUUGGGAAUAGCUAAGGAACAAGCUGACUGUAUCUUGUUUUUACAUGGCAGUGUCCCAAGGCACGCUGUCACUGAUAAUUCACAGGUAAUGAGUAUCAGCUCUGAAUAUCCACUGCUGGAAUACUUUUUAUAUGUCACACAUUGAUCUCAGAGGUGUUGGAUUGGGGUGUGUGUGUACAUGGAUGACUGAAACUGAAGGUGAUCGAUGCCCUGUCUGUGUGCUGGAAGUGGGACUGAGCUGUUGGUUGGGCUUUGUUAAUCACAGCAGCUGAUUGAAUGAGAUAAUCCAAGUGAAUCUGUUCUAACCUUUACCUGCAUCCAUUAUGGGACUGCUGUGUUUAAUAUGAAAUUCAUUUCUUAAUGUUCUGUUGCAGUUCUUAGGCUCUUGUGUUCCCUUUAUAGACCACUGCUCAGUCUCGAUGCGCUGUUCGGUUGCUUUGUGACAGCGAUUCUGCACAAAGAGGGUUGCAAAGUAAUUCCAUCAUUUGGGAUGACAUGGAGGUCGUCUGAUUUGGUUUCUUUGAUGCAUUUUAGACCUGAGUUUUUCUUAAAAAUGAGAGUGGUCACUUACAGAUGUUUGCCAGGGAUUCGUAUUGAUUAGAUCACGGCACUGUGAGAGACCAUUGGAAAGAUGCUGCUGUUACAAUAUUGCUGCAUGUUAUCCAUCUCUGCUCUCUUCUUUGCUCAAAACAGUCCUGUGCCUCUGCUCACUAUAGUGCAACAAAUAGGUUCCAUUAGAGGGACUCGAAGCCAUUUCCUUUUUUAGCGUGGUAGGGUCCUGGAAAUCCCUUUGGGGCACUUUGUGUGUUUCAUGCUGUGUGGUUCAGAUGAAUGAGAACUGGAUUAGAGACUUCUCCAUUAGAAAGAGACCGCUUUGGGCUAAGUCUUGAGCACGCAUUUGGAGACACUCAUCCUAAGCCCUUCCCGAGUUUGGAAAGCUUUUUUUAAUGGAGAGCACUUCAGUAUAAUGGGAGGAGAAGGACAGCAGAGAAAAAACAUGGCAGGGCCUGGUUACAAAUCAGCGUAACACAGCGCUCCGGGGCAGGGGAAGGUAUCAGUGAGUGGGUGCCUGGCUCUGGGUGGGCACAGGGCUGCUCUGCUGCUUGCAACACUGCGAAGGAGAGCGACCACAGCCUCUCCUUCCCACCAUCCCCACCGUUGUGCCCUGCAGCAGCCCCACAGGCAGCACCGAGGGCACAUUUAGGGGACGUGGGCUGCAGCCCAGCCCUGUGCAGCAGCUGUGUGCAAUGCAUGCAGCCCAGCCAGCAGCUCGCUGCCCACACACGGGUGGGGAGCAACCGGCUGGGACGUGCCCGCCUUCCCCGCACGCCUGACAAAGGCCAAAGCCUUUCAUGCUGGAAAAUUCUAGCUUAGAAAUCAACCAUUAUAAUUGUUUUUAAUUAGCCUUGCGAUCUUGUAAUUUCAAGGAGAACCGGGUGUGCUGCAGAGCAAAUGCUGUUAUUAGGCUAUCACUGUGCAGCAGGCUGACAGUGCAGAGCUGGCAGCGGCUGUGACAGGUGCUCAUUACCGAGCCCUGAGCCACCCACAGCACCCCCCCGAACCCUGAGCUUCCCCUGUGCCGACCUGUCUGUGUUCCUGGUGUCUCUGCCCAAGUUAGUAACUUAGGAAUUGAGUUUUUGCUGGUUUUUCUCUCUGCCCUGUUUAGUUUUGGUGCUUUCUGGCCUCCCGUGUCACAGCAUGGUGCUACUUCAUUAGCACUUUGCUGACCCAGGGUGCAGGAUCUCUGCAGGCUCUGGUGUUGUUAAUUACCACUAAUUGCAGCUUAUCGUGCCUAGCUGUGGGGCAGCCAGGUAGUGUCUGUCUGCAGCUCCAAUCCCAACAGCGGUGACUGCAACGGGUGUCCCGAGACUGAGAGAUCUCUCCCGGUUUAUCAAGCUCCUAAAGAAAGGUGAGAAGUGAUGGGGAGAAAUCUGAUCUCCACGAGCCAAGCUAAGUGGCAUAAAGCUGCAAUCGUCCCAUCCCAUCUAACAAAGACAUUUACUGAGUAAGGUUUUGCUGUGGCACAGUAACAAAGCAACCCACAGCCCACCUCAGCGGAAGGGAAGGGGAUGAACAACUUCCCAACCUCCCUGAAUCCCCCUCCCCCAUGCUGUCAGCACUGCUAACCUGUUGCUUCUCCAUGUAUUUGCUCACCAGCAAAAGUCCUGCGGGAAGGGGCUGUUCAACCUCACCUGCAGCCACCUCAACCUGGUGGAGAAGGAAUACUUCGGGCUGGAGUUCUGCACCCAGGCUGGGAACCACGUCUGGUUGGAGCCUCUAAAGCCCAUAACAAAGCAGAUUAAAAGUAAGUAUUGCCAGAAUUAGGUUCUUCUCAAUCAUUGUGGAGCCAGACAGCACUGCACUCUGCUGUCCUUUGUGCUUGGGGAUGGGAGCUCUGCCUUCUGGCGUUUACCUGCCCUCCCUUAAUGGGUUGAGGCUGGGCAGGGUUGUUUGCAAAGACACAUGAACCCUUGCAGGAAUGUUUCUGCAAAGUGCUAGCUGCAUGUUUUAGGCUUGAGCUGUUCAUAUCCCAACAGCUGGGGUAGCUGUGUGUGUGCACUGCUGUGCUGGCAGAGCAGUGGGGAUCGUUUUCUGAAUGCCCUCCUUUCCCAUCUGCAGCUCUUUGCAGCCCAGGUGCCCAGCCGUAAGGCAUUCAGCACGCGGUGACCCCGCUCCCUCCCAUACCCAAGGCCCCACUGCUGCAUGGUGAUGCUGCACAGCCUGACCUGAAUGCAUGAGCAGUGCUAACACAGCCCCUCCUUCAGCCUGUUCCUGCCCCUGCAAUGAACCAAAUAUUUGCUACAAAUACACGUUGGUUAGGAGGUGGUCAAAAGCACAGGGCCAUGCAUGACCCUGUGCUUCUAUCGGGAGUCCUGGAGCUGUCCUGCAGUGGCUCUCUUGGUGCCCACAGAGUUGGCUUCAUACCUCCAAAUGCUUUGCCUUGGGUUUGGCUUGCUCUUGCUUGUCUCACAGAACAACUCUGCCCAGUUGGAAUCCCCUGAAGCUGGUGCAUCCCAAGGGCUCAAAGGGCCAGGGAAACCCCAUGGAUUUUGCUGAGGGUUUAACAUGCAGCCCCAAUGGCAGCUGCACCACUCCAGGGCAACACCCAGAGCAUUGCUCCCGCAGGAACCCCUUCCUGGUGCAGAAAUCCCCUUCCUGACCCUUAACAAUUUCAAGUGAUUUGGGGUCAUGUUUUCUGUAAUGCUAUUGAGGAGUUCACCUCCUUGUUUAUUUCCAUCCAUGGUGGUGGGGUCUGGGCAGGAUGGUGGCCCUAGCGCUCAGAGCUUCUGCUCCAGACCUGUAAGGGGCAGAGUAACAUAAGGAGAGGUGUGUGUGAAGAGAGUUGUGAAUGUUCUCCAGAGCCACGUGAAAGAAAACUUAUGAAGGUGUUGUGUUUUAAGAUCCUAAGGAGGUUCUUUUCAAAUUUAUGGUGAAAUUUUUCCCAGUGGACCCCGGACACCUGCGAGAGGAGCUGACGAGGUACCGUGUUUGUUCUGUGCUCCCUCACUGUCCUGUCACCUUGUUUCUGCAGUCACUACGCAUGUGUUUAUUUCCUUACCAUCAUCCAACCCAACCUGUCUGUUUGCUGUGGUAAUCCCAAAUAUUGACAGAGCCCCGUGCUGUACAAAACAAGGCGCCAAUGCGUAUCUUUUCUCGAUGCUCUGUUCUUAUACAAAAUCCACUCGAUGGCAAUGCAAUGUGCUCGCUGCCAAAUGUCUGAGCAGUUGGGCUCUCAGUCGUCUGGCUCUUGCCUCAAGCUGUGUUCUGAAAGAAGAACCUCCAUUUUAUUUUUGAUAUGGACAGGGCGAGCUCUUAAGUUUCACAGAAAGCACUGCAAACAGGAACUAAGGAUAAAACCAAUGCAGUGCUUCUGCGGAACAUUAGCCCCGAGAGACACAGAUGCCCUCCGAAGCAUAAAGGAGUGUUAGCUCUGAAACCUACUAAUGGCCAUAUGAGCAGUGGGGGCACACUGCUCAAGGUGUCCCCAGAUGGAUCCUCCUUGGGGGGCCUGCAUGCUCCUCCCAUGCUCCCCCCUCCAGCCCUCCAUCCUUUGGGCAGGGGCACAGGUGCACCUGGCUCUGUGUCCCAUAGAAAUAUCCAUGCUCAGGGCAGUUCCUGUCCCUCCUGCAGGUACCUCUUCACCCUGCAGAUCAAGAAGGACCUGGCACUGGCGAGGCUGCCCUGCAGUGACAAGAGUGCAGCGCUGCUCGUCUCCCACCUGCUACAGUCCGAGCUGGGUGACUUCCACGAGGAGACAGACCAGCAGCACCUGGCCACGCACAGGUACCUGCCCAACCAGGAGUACCUGGACAACAAGAUCAUGCACUACCACCGGCGGCACAGGGGGAAGACGCCGGCUGAGUCAGAUGCCCAGCUGCUGGAUGUGGCCAGGAAGCUGGAGAUGUAUGGGAUUCGCCCACACCCUGCCAGCGACGGCGAGGGAACGCAGAUCAACCUGGCGGUGACACACAUGGGGGUGCUGGUGCUGCGGGGCAAUACGAAGAUUAACACGUUCAACUGGUCCAAAAUUCGCAAACUGAGCUUCAAGAGGAAGCAUUUUCUCAUCAAGCUCCAUGCAAACAUUGCUACUCUGUGCAAGGACACGUUGGAGUUCACUAUGGCGAGCAGGGAUGCCUGCAAGGCUUUCUGGAAGACAUGCGUGGAGUACCAUGCCUUCUUCCGGCUGUCUGAGGAGCCCAAGUCAAAGCCCAAAGCCCUUCUGUGCAGCAAGGGCUCGAGUUUCCGCUACAGUGGGAGGACACAGAGGCAGCUGCUGGAGCACGGGAAGAAGGCAAAGAUGAAAAGCUUACCCUUCGAGAGGAAGCACUAUGCGUCCCACUAUGAUGAGAGGCAGUGCCGCUCCUCCCCGGACCUCCUGACGGAUGUGUCCAAGCAGGUGGAGGAGCUGCGCUUGGCCUAUGGCAGCUGCGGCUCCUUCCGCACCACCAGUGGGGUGCACACCUCCGAGCCCACGCUGGACAGCCGCCACAGCGGAUCUGCCACAGCAAUGAUGUUUGCUGCUGAGCUGGAGCGCUCCAGGCCCGAAGUGAUCCCAGCCUUCCUGCCCCACUCCAAAAGCAGCUCCGCCUUCCCCCUGCUUUACACCCAGCUGGAGCUGGAGCGGGCGUGGGAGCCCACCGACCCCUUCAGCAGCAGGAACCCCUUGACGUCCUUCCACCCCCACCACAAGUUUGCUGGGAGCAGCAGAAGCCCCUCAGUGGGCAACAUGCGGGAGGUCAGCGUCAGGCCGCUGGUGUACAUGGACGUGCCGUGCCCUCCGCUGCCACCCGCCCCGGCCUCCCAGCUCCUCUUCUAUGUAGACAGGCCACCGCCGCCCCCAUGCCUUGCGCCCAGCGAGGAGGCAGAGGGAGCGGCCGGUGGGUGCAUCCCCGUGGCCACAAAAACGGCCAACUGGGGUCCCGGCAGCACCUGGAUGGGGGAACUGCAGCACGAAGCCUCGCACAGGGCUGUGGGUGCCAGCGUGGGCCCAGCCAGGGAGAGAAGGCAGCCGGCUCGCUCCUUCGAUUACAGCCUUCAGGAGCAGCCUCCCAAGCGCUCCUGGAGUCAGUCGGACAUGAAAGCCAUCCGCUUCCCCUACAGCUCUGAGUUCAGGCCCCUGGGUCCGUGCCCAGCCCUGAGCAGCCGGCAGGCCGGCAUGCUGCAGCACGUGCUGGCCCAGCAGCGUGCAGUGCCAGGGCUGCGGCGUGCUGAGCGCUACGUGGGCAGCAGCACCGAGUCCAGCGACUCCGAUUGCGACCUCCUGGCUGCUGACUACUGCUCCCUGUAUGGCAGAGUGCUGCGGGCACCCAGGGCCCGUGUGCGGCUGUCCUCGGGCAGCCUGCAGCUGGAGGAGGAGGAGGAUGAAGAGGUGUCCUUGGCCACCGGUGCUGCUGAAGAGAGGACUUGCAGGGGGGCCUCCAGGUAUUUCACGUAGGUGCCUCUUGCCUGCCAAAAGGAGAGGCCGGGCAGAGCCAAGGCUGCUGAAGGAUCACAGUCCUGCUUGUUGUUUGUGAAACAAGGUGGUUGGCUUGUAUUGUGUGAGUGAUGUUAGUUGUAGAGGAUGUGUUAACAGAUAGCUGAGGGCGUCCAGAAGUACCCAUCUCCUGUGGCACACAAGGAAGAUGGCACAUUGCUGUCACCAGGUUGUUCCCAUGCUGGGGAUCCAACACCACACAGAAGGGCUAAGGCUCUCCCAAAGCCCCACAGCCACCAUUUCCAGUCCUCGCAAGGCUGGCUCAGAGCUCAGCCCCUGCUGUCAUUAUCAGUACAUCAUCACACUGGGUGGAAAGGAAAAGGCAGCUGCAUCCCCUCAAAGUUCAUAAACAUCUUGUUUUCCCAGCCCUGGGGAAGCACACGCUUCCCCAUCUGAGGGGAGCAGCAUGGGCACAGAGCUGCCACUGUCCCAGCAUAGAGCUUGCCUGCUACCUCACCUUGCAGUCAUGCUCCCAGCCCUUGAGAGCAGCUGCACACAUUUUUUUUUUCUUUUUUCCUGUGUAAUAAAAAGACCAUUACCCUACAACUACAGGCCAUCUGCCAACAGGAGAAUGGUGCUACAGAGGUACGAUGUUAGAGGAAGAUCUUUCUACUUUUUGUUUGAUUUUUAAUAACUCCAUGAGGCUGUAGGACAUGACUACAAUAGGGACAGUAUAUCUGUGAGAUACUGGAAUGGAUUUCAGGAACACAGGAGCUGAAGCAAGGACCAAAUAGAUUAAAUACAAAGAACAAGGUUUAUGGUUACUGUCUCACACUGAGCGUCAUUGUCUUUUGUUUUAGAAGCUGGACAAUAAAAAGCAGUUGUUCACAGCUGAAA